AGCGGAACAUCACAUCGUUGUGACCAUAUACUGAAAAUCGCAAACACAAUUAAGUUUAUAAAUACAAAUACAUAUUUUCAUAAAUUAUAUAAAAUAAUAUUCGGAAUGAUAAAAAAUCAGCUCUGGUAUACUCUUUUAAAGACAAUUGGUUAUAGUGGUAAAACGCUAAUGAUGACACCUAAAAAUGUGAUUCUCAUCACAGGCUGUGAUUCUGGAUUAGGGCAUUCAUUAGCACUUUAUUGCUAUUCUUUGAAUAUGACUGUUAUAUCGGCUUGUCAUAAUGUAAAUUCUGAAGGUGCUCGCUUAUUAAGAAAUGAUAACGAUUCCCAACGCAUGUUCACCGUUGAAGUAGAUCUGCUCAAGGAGGACACCAUUACAUGUGCCUUUCAAUAUAUUAAAGACUUUUUACACACUAAUAUGGAAUACCAAUUCACAGCAUUAGUAAACAAUGCUGGCGUCAUGUGUUUCGGUGAAUUUGAAUGGCAAACUUCAGAGCAAUUUGAAAUGCAAAUCAAUGUAAAUGUGUUGGGUGCAAUGCGUCUCACCAAAAAACUAUUACCAUUAAUACGGCAGCAUCGCGCACGUAUAAUCAAUAUCACCAGUCAUUGCGGUCUGCAGGCACUUCCGGCGUUAAGCUCAUAUGCUGCUUCUAAAGCAGCUUUGCGUUUCUGGUGCGAUUCACUGCGUAUAGAAAUGCAACAAUAUGGCGUAGAUGUGAUCAACUUCGUUCCUGGAUCUUUUGUACAAUUUAGCAAUAUUUCGGCAAGACAACAAGAACAUGCAAAGGUGAUGUUUGAUGCGUUUAAUGAUGACCAACGCCAACUUUAUAGUGCCUAUUUUAGGCAAUUUAACAACUAUUUGAAAGUAGUUUCGGGUUUUAAAUCUCCAAAUCAAUUUCACGACACCAUUUUGUUGGAAAAAUUUAAACGUGCUUUAACAGAUAGCAUUCCACAAGCGAUGUACAUACAUGAGCCCUGGCGUUACAAGAUUUACCGGUUUCUUUUUCGGGUUUGUCCUACACCGAUAGUGGAUCUGUUAACUGUAAGAUUCUGCGCUUUGCCGACUUAUCAAAAUUUUCAGAAACCUUCUUUAGAGAACAAAAAAUGAUGAUGUAUGUAUGUAUUUAUUUUUCAUUUUAUUUAAUGGAUACAUAUACAU